AUGUACAGCGUCAACAAUAUUAUGAGGACGCAUUCGUUGAGCUCGAGCUACCAAUUGUAUUAUUUGGCGACCAAUCUAUUUAGUAGGGAGACGAAAUGUGGCUUGGCCACAGACGAUGACGUGGAAGCCUUGUUGGCAACUGCCGACUAUCCCAUGGUGUACGUUGAGCACUACAACGGUCCGAUUGAAGAAGAAGCCUACAUCCCUACUUUUGAUUUUGCUGAACCUUCGGGACACGUAGAUGAAGCACAAUGCAGUCAGUAUGAGACGCCGUAUCAUCAUACGUCAUUUCAUGGUGUCCAGAGCUCGCCUCCACGACAAUAUUUUACAUGGGAUGGACAACCGCUACACGAAUCUGCAUGGAAUCAAACCGAAAGGCUUAAUGAAGUAUGUGGGAGAUUGAACGAUGUGCGGACAGUUGAUGAACCUGAGCACGAAGCUGAAGGCUCGGUUGCAUCAGGAGACGAUGAUGAUUCUGAGGAAGAUGACGAAGAAUUUGACUCUGCGCUCGAGGUGGGCACUGCUUCUGAUGCCUCUGAGGAUUUAUUAGACGACGAUCUAAUCGAUUUCACGGAGACCGAGCGAGCAGUGGACGCCUCGGCUUCGCUGGUUGCUCGCGAGAGUGACCCUUCUAGAGUUGAUGAUCUGCAGAAGAAUUCUUUUUACAACAGCAAAGACGACCUGAUCAUUGCUGUUGGUUUGUGGAACAUGAAGCGAGGCACUGAGACAAAAGUUGUCCGCUCUGAUCCGGACGAUCACGGCCGAGGGAUGUGGAGAGUGCAUAAGUUGAAAGAGCAUUCAUGCGAAGGGGACUUGCGCACAGCUAAAAAAAUCAAGGCGCACUCGAAGGUGGUUGCAGCGUUUGUGGCAAACAGAACACGCGAUGAUGGAGAGGUCAUUAAGCUGAAAUCCAUCAUGGCUGAGUUAGUACGCGAUUUCGGCAUCAAAAUCAAAUAUGAUGUCGCGCUGCGUGCAAGAAAUCUCGGGAUGGAGAUGAUAUACAGUCGAGUUGAUGAUUCGUUCCUCCUGCUCCCAAGAUAUUUGUAUGCCAUGAAGGAAGCGAAUCCUGGCACCUUGCUUGGUUUGGAAGUAGACAUAGACUGCCGGUUCAAACAUUUGUUUGUUGCUCUUGCGGCUUCCAUCUCACCUUUCUACUUUCACCUUCGACCAGUGAUUGUGGUUGACGGCACACACCUGAAGGGAAAAAAUAGUGGCAUUUUGUUUGUCGCCGUGACAAAAGAUGGAAAUGAGGCAGUUUUUCCCUUGGCGAUCGGUGUCGGUCCGAUCGAGAAUGAUGAGUCGUGGAAGUGGUUUAUGUCACAUCUGAGAGGUCCUUGUGGCGAGCCCGAUAACUUACUUAUUAUCAAGGGUUACGGGCCCGGUGUUGCUGAGCUUUUCUGCCAAGCUGCAUACGCCUACGAGCAAUCAGAUUACACGCGUGCAAUGUCAGCCAUGGCUGCUCUGAAGCCAAAGGCGUACGAGAAGUUGUUGCGCGUAGGACCGGAGAAGUGGGCACGAUCACAAUGUCCUGUGUCCCGUUACAGUUUCCUUACAUCCAAUGCCGCCGAGAGUUUUAAUGCACGUUUGUUGUGGGCCAGGCGUCUUCCAAUCUGCUCGAUGUUGGAGGCAGUCAGAUUAGUUAUCGAGCAGUGGUUCAACGACAGGCUUGUGGCCGCACAAGAGAGCGAUGAAAAUCUGACUCCGGAGGCAAAACAGAAGCUCAGUGCAGAACUUGUAAAAAGUCGUCGUUACAUAGCCAAGAGGACCACCGAGAGAAAAUACAGGGUUCGUGCUAGUGGUCGCCAUUAUAUGGUUGACCUUCAAAAGCAGAGCUGUGAAUGCAACGAAUUCAACCUGGACCAGAUGCCGUGUUCUCAUGCGAUUGCAGCCAUUACUGAGGCGAACGAGUCAGUGGAGGAUUACGUGCACUCUUACUACUGGAACAGUUCACUAGUUGACACAUACUCUCGUGUCGUUAACCACUUGCCUCCCAUAGAGAAUUGGAAUAUUCCUUUCCAAAUUGCAUCUCAGCUUGUUUUACCAAAUCUCUCUCGGCGACAAGCUGGUCGUCCAAAGGAAACUCGAGUUCAAUCCGCAGGUGAAAGGCCGACUCAAAACACAUCAACAGCGGAGGCAUCAACUAGUAGCAAGAAACGAGCACCAAAAACGUGUGGUCUCUGUGGCGGGUCUGGUCACACACGUCGAUCGUGCAAGGGUACGGCCACCGAUGUGUAG